AUGAUGGAUCGCUUGGCUGUUGCCCUCCUAAUGGCAAUCGCCGCCGCCAUGGCCUUCUUUCCCGCUUCCGCCAACAGAUGCACCGACAGGAUCUUCGACGCCGCCUCCACGGUCGCCCACUACCAACUUCUCGGCCAGAACCGCAGCACGAUGGUGGACUCCCUCUCUCGCUACCAUCUGAACCCGAACGAGGAGUCGACGUGGAUGAACAUUCUCCCGCGAAAGGCCGGCCAGCCGGUGGUCACCGAGCUCGACUGGGCCAUGCUGUACCGAGCCGUGAAGCGGCCGGGGAUGAAAUCCGCCGCCAACGGCGGUAGCUUCCUGAAGGAGAUAUCUCUCCGUGACGUCCGAGUCGACCCCAGUUCUUUCCAUGGCACAGCCCAGCAGACGAAUCUGGAAUACCUGCUGCUCCUCGACGUGGACCGACUCGUUUGGAGCUUCCGCAAGCUGGCAGGCCUACCGACGCCCGGCGAACCCUACCUCGGAUGGGAGGAACCUAACGGACAACUCCGCGGCCACUUUGUUGGGCACUACAUGAGUGCAACAGCGUUAAUGUGGGCAGCCACUGAGAACGGGACGAUACGCGACAGGAUGAGCGCGGUGGUCGACGCACUCGACGAGUGCCAAAAGAAGAUCGGAACCGGGUAUCUCUCAGCUUUCUCUACGGAGGAGUUCGACCUGUACGAAGAAGUGAAAGUCGUAUGGGCUCCCUACUACACCAUCCAUAAGAUCCUGGCCGGACUGGUGGAUCAGUAUUUGCAUGGUAACAAUGCAAAAGCACUAGACAUGGCGAUUUGGAUGGCUGAAUACUUCGGCAACCGUGUGAUAGAUAACAUCAAGAAGCGUUCCAUCGCAUGGCAUUGGGAAGCCAUGAACGAAGAAACCGGUGGCAUGAACGACGUCCUCUACACGCUGUACACAGUCACGAAUAAUACGAAACAUUUGGUGUUGGCUCAUCUAUUCGAUAAGCCAUGUUUUCUCGGACCACUUGCAGUGCAGGCUGAUCUCCUUUCGGGAUUCCAUGGCAACACACACAUUCCAAUAGUGGUUGGGGCUCAGAAGCGAUACGAAAUAACUGGAGACUUGCUCUACAAGGAAAUUGGAAUGACAUUUAUGGACAUUGUGAAUUCCUCGCACUCAUAUGCAACGGGUGGAUCGACCGUAAAUGAACAUUGGACUGAGCCGAAUCGCUUGGCGAGCUUCUUGCUAGUGAACACUGAAGAAUCUUGCACUACCUAUAACCUGUUAAAGGUGUCUCGCAAUCUGUUGAGAUGGACAAAGAACAUGGCGUACGCGGAUCACUAUGAACGCGCAUUGACAAAUGGAGUGUUGAGCAUUCAAAGGGGGACUGAACCAGGAAUCAUGAUCUAUUUCCUCCCUAUGAACCCUGGAGGUUCGAAAGCAGUGAGCGGCCAAGGUGGCUGGGGAACUCCCACUGCAUCGUUCUGGUGUUGCUAUGGGACAGCCAUCGAGUCCUUUUCGAAGCUCGGGGAUUCGAUAUACUUCGAGGAAGAGGGUGCCGUUCCAACUCUGUAUGUCAUCCAGUUCAUAUCGAGCACUCUUAAUUGGCGUUCAGGAGAACUCACCCUGCAGCAAAACACACAACAAGUUUCUUCGCUCGACGACCAUUUUCGAGUUCAAUUCACAGUCGCCAGCGUAAACAAGUCGCCAUCUAAGAGCUCUACGUUGAGCAUUCGCGUACCGAUUUGGACUUCUAAUAGUGGGGCGGUAGCUACGAUAAAUGGACAAAGCGUGGCCGUACCUUCUCCAGGAAAUGUCUUGUCGAUCACCAAGACGUGGGGCAGCAAAGACUUGUUGAACCUGUCGAUGCCAAUUGGAGUGAGGACAGAGGCCAUACAAGAUGAUCGUCCGGAGUUCUCAUCAUUGAAAGCAGUUCUAUUCGGACCGUACCUUCUCGUCGGUCUCAGCUCUGGUGAAUUCGAAAUGGGAAAGCAGGAUGUGGCUCAAGGGCUCUCUGAAUGGAUAUUGCCAGUUCCGGAUGAUCACAGGCUUCAGCUCGUUUCGCUCACCCAGGAGAGUUGCGGCGGCACGACGUUCCUCUCCGGGGUGAACGCCUCCGGCCUCGACGCCACGCGCCUGCUCACCAUGGCAGCAUCUCCGAAGCUCGGAACGAAUGCUGCUGCGCAAGCCACGUUUAGACUCGUCUACACGGACCAGAAAGCCGUACCUCGAAUCGCAUCCCGAGAGGCCGUCAUCGGAAGGGUCGUCCUCCUCGAGCCGUUCGAUCUCCCGGACAAGGUGGUACGUCACCAAGGUGCCGGUAAAGGGCUCGUUAUCUCUGUCACGGAGGACGUGCCCCAGGAUCGAAAUGCUUCCAUGUUUCGGGUGGUGGAAGGAUUGGAUGGGAAAGCGACCACCAUCUCGCUGGAAGCUGACAGCACACCGGGCUGCUUUGUUCACCACGAUUGCCCCUCGGGUAAUGGCGUUCAGCUUGUUUGUCCAGCCAACGACGACGACCGCCAUGGUGCCGCGUUCCAAACAGCCGCGAGCUUCACGUUCGGGAAGGGAUUGAGUGGGUAUCACCCCAUCAGCUUCACGGCGAAGGGAACCAAGAGAAGCUUUCUGCUCCAGCCAUUACUGAGCUUGCGAGAUGAGACCUACACCACCUACUUCAACAUUGGAGUUUGAAGUCACGGUGGUGGUGGUGGUGAUUGACCUCCAAAGCCUUUUUCUGUGCCUCC